GCCAUAAACGCAAUACGUAAGGCGUCUUUCAGCCAGCAAUCAUGACGCGAACACAAGGAGAAAUCACCUUACGCCGCAAUCGAAAGGCCCUGCCUAAUAGAGUAAGGCACCUAGAGGCGAGAGAAGGAGGUAGGUAUUAGAGUCGAGCAUCUCACUGUUUCUUCUUUGUAUUCUUUCCUUCUCAUCAUUCCCAAUUGCGUUUUCUUAACGACUCUGCACAGGCUUUGACGUCAGUAGCCGUGAGAGAUCAAUUAUAAUAAAAGACAUCAAUUUAUAAGUCCUGGGCUUCCGAGCUAGACAUAUAUAUAUAUAUAUAUAAUUUGGCCACUUCCGUAGAUCCCGAGCCUCCCAAUUGCCUAUAUAUAGGCUAUUCAUCGACAAGAUGAGAUAUUCAGCUACUCUAUUGCCCCUCGCGGCCACAGCCGCUGCAUUCAUGAUCCCCGAUGAGGCUACUGCACAGCAACUCGUCUUAGAGCCUGAGCAGCAGGCAAAGAAACCCGUGUCAUCAUGGUGGGACCGCACCCACAGCCUCGAUGCCUUCCUCUCAUCUGGGAAAAAUGCUUUCGAGGCUACCCUCGAUGCUCUCGAGAAGCAGGCCGGCAAGCUGAGCAGCUCGCUCCCCAAAGUGGAGUUCGAAGUCGGAUCCGAGAUUACCGAUUUCCUCGCCCCGUCCGACUACGCCGCCCCGGGGCACGGACGUUGGCAUGUCACGAAUCUGACAGUGUACCAAUCCAUCAAGGCUUCGAACUACUCUAAGAAGUUCGCGGCUCUGGUCGAUGACCACCCGGAUCUAGUUAAGAAGUUGAACAGCACUUCGACUAACAUCACCGCCUUCAUCCCCACGGAUCACGCUUUCGAAAAGAUCCCCCACGAUGACAAGGAUCAUAAGCCGCCUAAGGAGUUCCUCGAGAAGUUGAUCAAGUACCACGUCGUUCCCGACUUCUACCCCGCCGGCCGCGUGCUCGCCCAGCACACCCUGCCGACUGCCUUAGAAGAGGAGUCGCUUGGUGGACGCCCUCAGCGAUUACGGGUUAGUGUCGGGUUAUUCGGCGUGAAGCUGAACUUCUUCAGCAAGAUCGUCUACGCAAACCUGCACACCGCCAACGGCGUCAUCCACGGCGUCGACAACAUCCUAGUCCCGCCACCCCCAGCCAAGACAUUAAUCUCUCUCUUCCCAACCAAAUUCUCCACUCUCGAGCUCGCAGCCGAGAAGACAGGACUCAAGCACCACGGCGACGACGCCCACCACGAGCUGACCGGCCUAACAUUCUUCGCGCCCACCAACACGGCCUUCCAGCGUCUCGGACCCGGCGCCAACGCCUUCCUGUUCAAUACCGAGAAGGGCCUGCAUUACCUGCGCGCGCUUCUCGCGUACCACAUCGUGGCCAACGAGACGCUGUACUCGGACGCGUAUUACGGACCUAAGGCCGCGGGUUUCGCGCCGAGUCUGGAUUUAGCGUAUAACGUCGACGCUAACACGGCUAAGGAGGAAGACGGCGCUGAGACGAAGAGCGCCAAGCACUACCAUCUCGACCUCCCGACUCUGCUUGACGACGCGCAUCUAGCGGUGGAUAUCACGCGCUGGUUCGGGUUCAUUAGUAUCAAAGUUAAUGGACACGUCGAUGUCGCGGUCCAGGAUGGUCUUGCGCGAGAUGGUGUGUUGCAAGUUGUUGAUCACAUCUUGAUUCCGCCGCAUAACCACAAGGGUGCCUGGAAUGGGGGGGUCGACGGCAAGAUCAGUGUUAAGGAGUUGGUUGAGAGGUUAGAGCCUUUUGUUAAGAAGGAUGUUGGCGGGGGUGAGACUGGAGAGGAGGAUGUUGGUGAGUUGUAAGUGUGAGAUGAAACUGGGGGCCUGAAAGGAAUUCGGUUUCCCUUAAUGAGUAUACGAAUGGGAAAAGGGAAAUCAUGCUUAGUAGAAAUGCCACUCUAUAUUAUGCAAGUUAGAGGAUAAAAAGAUUACUAGAGUAGGCCUUAUUGAGGAAUAUGUACGAAGCAUCAUACAAACGAAAGCGACGUUCGUUAGAUA